CAUAGCAGAGAAGGGAAUACCAGACUUGAUCAAAAUAUUCUCCUCUCUGAAAGGAAAAAAAAAAAACAAGAGGGUCUUGUAAGCAUUUUAUAUUGCUAUUUGCUUUCCACAUUGGCUAGCUUCCUUUGAAAGAUCUACAACCUGUGCAUGAUCAUAUAUGGCUAGUGGGUCUACUUCUGCAAUGGAGUGACAGCUGCUUCAACAAUCAAGUCACUGACACCAGUCCAUCUUCCUAGCUAUCUCUCUUCCACAUUGCCUAAACGUGACUCGAAAGCAAAAGGAAUUGAGUCAUUCUUGUUCUUUUCGCAAAGAAGUAUAUCCCUCUAUAAAACCAAGCACACACAAGUGUCACAUAUUUUUGAGCCUUCCUUGUACCCUUUAUCGUAUCAGUGCCAUUUAGUCCAAUGGAUCGUGUAUCAUCUGCUAGUAACAUUUUCCCUACUGGUCGUGAUGAUAUUACAGGCCAGUUUGGAUUGAUUUGGCAAGUACUGAAAGAACCAUUGAUCGUGCCGGUCUUGAAACUGUUGGUUGUAGUGUGCUUGGGCAUGUCAAUAAUGCUUUUCAUUGAACGAGUGUAUAUGGGAAUUGUUAUAGUUUUUGUGAAGUUGUUUGGAAAAAAACCAAAUAAGAUGUACAAAUGGGAGCCUAUGAAGGAUGAUAUUGAGGUUGGUAAUUCAGCUUAUCCUAUGGUUCUAGUGCAGAUUCCAAUGUACAACGAAAAAGAGGUGUAUCAGUUGUCCAUUGGAGCUGCCUGUGGGCUGUCAUGGCCGUCCGACCGGAUCAUAAUCCAAAUUCUUGAUGACUCAACUGACCCUGCCAUUAAGAGCUUGGUGGAACUAGAAUGUCAGAGAUGGGCAAGCAAAGGCAUUAACAUAAAGUAUGAGAUUAGGGACAACAGGAAAGGAUACAAGGCAGGAGCUCUUAAAGAAGGCAUGAAGCACAGCUAUGUUAAACAAUGUGAUUAUGUGGCCAUAUUUGAUGCUGAUUUCCAGCCUGAACCUAACUAUCUUUGGCGCACCAUACCAUUUCUGGUUCACAAUCCUGAAAUUGCUCUUGUUCAAGCUCGCUGGAAAUUUGUCAACUCUGAUGAGUGCUUAAUGACAAGGAUGCAAGAGAUGUCAUUGGAUUACCAUUUCACUGUGGAGCAAGAAGUGGGGUCUGCAACCUAUGCUUUCUUUGGCUUCAAUGGUACUGCUGGUGUGUGGAGAAUUUCAGCAGUCAAUGAAGCUGGAGGUUGGAAGGAUCGAACAACGGUGGAGGACAUGGAUUUGGCAGUAAGAGCUAGUCUGAAAGGCUGGAAGUUUGUUUAUGUUGGUGACCUCAAGGUGAAAAAUGAAUUACCAAGUACUUUCAAAGCUUACCGAUAUCAGCAACACAGAUGGUCUUGUGGGCCUGCAAAUCUCUUUAAGAAAAUGGCAAUCGAAAUAGUAAAAAACAAGAAAGUGUCACUGUGGAAGAAGUGUUAUGUGAUCUACAGUUUCUUCUUCGUCCGAAAGAUUGUGGCACACAUUGUCACAUUUGUAUUCUACUGUGUUGUUUUGCCUUCAACUGUUCUGGUUCCUGAAGUAAGCGUUCCUAAGUGGGGAGCUGUCUAUAUUCCUUCAAUUGUAACUCUCCUCAAUGCUGUUGGAACUCCUAGAUCACUCCACUUGAUGGUUUUCUGGAUCCUAUUUGAGAAUGUCAUGUCCCUCCACCGGACGAAGGCAACUUUCAUAGGUUUGCUGGAGAUAGGAAGAGUGAAUGAAUGGGUUGUCACUGAAAAACUAGGAGAUGCUCUCAAGGGAAAAUUACCUGCUAAAGCUACCAAGAAACCGCGGAUGAGGAUAGGAGAAAGAUUACAUUGGCUAGAACUUUGUGCUGGAGCCUAUCUCUUCUUCUGUGGAUGCUAUGAUUUUGCCUUUGGAAAGAACAGAUACUACAUUUUCCUCUUCCUUCAAUCUAUUGCCUUCUUCAUUGCUGGAUUUGGUUACAUCGGCACCUUUGUUCCCAACUCUUAGCAAACAAGAAUCAUGGCCAAGCAUUGUCUCCUCCCAAUACUUGUCGUUCCUACGUUGUUUCUUGUCUUCAAGAAACUACAACACUGUCAUUCUUUGGGGACAAUUUUUUCUUAUCGUUGUUGCAGAUCAUUGAAGCCAAGGCUGGGCAUUCAUUUUCUGCUGAACACAAGGGAAACUGUUUUUUUUCCUUUACAAGAACCAUUGUGAUUUGUUGUCAUUUUUCAGAGUACAAAAUACAAAGAAAAGAGAGUAGAUUGGUAGAAAUAGUAGCAUAUACGUUGUGCCAGCUCCCAAGUAAUGUAGACAUCUUUGUGAGGGUUGUUUGAUUUAGAAAGUUGGAAUUUCUUUUGCAAAUAAUAAUGCAGAUGGACAAGAAUCUGUAAUUCAAAUCAAAAUUCUUACAAUUUAUGUAUACCCUUUCUCAUUUUUAUUUUUA